AUCCUCAAGGUCGUGCGGUCAAUAUUUCUGAAGGAAUGUUCACAUGGAUAUUGCCUUCGAAUUGGCUUGUGAAGCACUCAAAUGUAACGAAGUUCCAGUAGGAUGUGCUUUUGUUUAUAAUGGAGAAGUAAUUGCAUCUGGUCGCAACGAAGUGAAUGCAACUAGAGAUGCUACUCAACAUGCCGAGAUGGUUACUAUUAGACGGCUGGAACAAUGGUGUCGAAAUAACGAAAAAGAGCUUGACAAGGUUUUGACCGAAUGCGACCUUUUUGUUACAGUGGAACCCUGCAUUAUGUGUACGGCUGCUAUACGGUUUUGUCUUCCAGCUCAUCUGAGAAGUAUUACGUACGGUGCUCGUAAUGAACGGUUUGGUGGAUGUGGUUCAGUCCUAAGUGUACACAAUUCUCCUAGUCCAGUCGCUCCGCUAAACUGCAUAUCCGGAGUUGAAGCGGAGGCAGCUGUUAAACUGCUUAAGAAGUUCUAUGAACAAGAAAACGAAAAUGCUCCCGAAGAACUUCGAAAACGCAAGCGUGUGACGUAGUUGUGUUGAGUAAUUGGGCAUUUUUAUGUUGCCAUCGACUUUUUGUUGUAAAUAAAUAUUUACAAAUACAUACUGGAAAGAAACAACAAGUUGAAGUAUUUAGUUUAAAAUAAUGAAGAAGGAAAAGACAAAGAGAUGUCAGUAUAAGGAGGAUGAUGAGUAGGCAUGUUAUUUUGUUGUACAUGCAUAGACAUUGUAUCUCGAUUAUAUUCAGAUGUUAAUUGUGGUACUGGACAACUUUGUAAUUGUGGAUCAUAUGGAUUGGAUUCUUGCUUUAACUGAUGCUGCAACGACGAUGAUGAUGAUGAUGGCAAUAGUGGUCCACCAAAUGAAUUCAGUAGAUCUGGAGUUGUUAUUCCUGUUGGUAAUGGGGAUGAACUGGAAGGCUGACACGGUGAAAUAGUUGGUGGACACUUCAAAUGUGUUGAACUACAAUUCCCUGCAUUGCUAUUAUUCUUAUUAUCAUUAGUACUGGUAGUAGUUGUAGCUGUUGAUGUUGUUGUAAUAUAGCUGGCAUUAAUGAAAUCUCGUUUCUUUAAAUCAAUACUAGAAGGACGUUUCUUAUGAGAAUCUAAUAAAUUACAAUGUGAUGUAUGAUUCAAAUGGAAACGUAAAGCUAGAACAUGUGAGAAACGUUUUUUACAACCAUCAAUUGGACAACCAAUUGGAAAUGUUUCAUGUAAUUCAUCAUUUUCUUCAAAACAAACACGAUCACUACUAUUAUUAUCAGUGUUAUUAGUAUUCAUAUUAUUAUUAUUAUUUGUACAUAAUGGAGUAUGUGGUCGAGAAUGAUCAGGAUUUUGUGGAUCACAGAGUAUUCCAUCAGUUUUACCGGUGAAAUCUCCAAUUUCAGAUAAUUUCUCAAGAUCCGGUAGAACUUCCGAUGGACAAUCGCUUGAUGAUGUACUACUACCUCGAAAAAGUUUACGACUUUUAUUAUGUAACUUAAUUUUUCUAUUAUUACUACUUCGUGUUAGUUGUUCUUCAUCAGAUACAUGAGGAAGACAUUGAGUUAAAUCAGUAUCCUCUUGAAUAGCAUUAUCAUUGAUUAAUUCUUUCUCAGUAUCGAUUUUUGUUAGAUUAUGUGUAUUGCAACGAUUUGUUGUUGAACUUGUCUCAAUCCCAUUACUAUUAUUGACUGCAGGUGAAUUUGAAGCUCGACCACGUAAUCGAUGUCUUCCAGUUGAAGUAGAUUUCCAAUUACAAUCAUUAGUUGUAAGAUGAUUCGUUAAAUUUGACUUAUAAUUUGUUCCAACUCCAGUUCGACGUUUUGUACGAUUACUAGAUCGUAUUGAUGAUUUAAAUGGAGGUCAUCUACUACUAUUACUACUGAAUACUUUCUAAAAUCGUGAAGAUUACCUACUAAUCAAGUGUCUUAAUCAUCAUACUUUCGUUUGGGUGUUAUGGCUUAAAUUGCAUGGAUGAUAACAAUUAAAUUGUUUGAUUCAAAACUGUGACGAAGGACCACGGGUGAGCUCGAGGAAUCUGUAAGAGGCUCAGAAGGAGUCGAAGAUGUUCCAUCCAAUCACCUUUCGGAAGAAUAUUCUAGAAUUCCUACGUGUAGCUCCCCGAUUGGACAAUGCUAAUAGUCCCUUGUACUAUAAUUGACACUGUUUGGAAUAAUAUUCCUUUCAUUAGUCUUUUAUCUUCUUAUUGAGACUUGGAAGGGUUUUGGUGUUCUAGUGUUCUGUUAUACGCGGUAUAUCAAGAAAUCAACAUUCAAGAUAUAACAAAAACUAGUUAGAAAUCGAUGUUUUUCAAUUAAAAUUGACAUUUUAAAACAAUCUUAUGAACUCCAUAACUCAGUGGAUAACCUGUCUAUGUUUAAAGAGAAUGAUAUUAGAUUCGAGUCCCAAUGUGAAUAUCAACACUAGGAUGAAGAGAAUCAAAUAUCCCGAAAUAGGAUGAAACGCGAUUAUUAGAUUCUAUAAAUAGCAACAUAUAUGCAACAAUCCAAGUUGCUACAUGUCACACCACAACUCGAAAAUGGAAUAAAGGAUAGUAUCGAAUCUAAUAGUAAGUUAUACAGACCUCAUAUGGAAUAAAUGUAAUCGGUGCUAUGAAUGACACACAAUUGAAGAUCUAUUUUUAGAAGACACAGAAUAAAUACAAAUAUGCUUUUAUGAUCGAUCUUGAAUUAUGUUACUCAAUGUCUCCACAAUCAUAGAUAUUACAACUUCCGUUUAUUGAAAAUAUUAGUAAUGUCGAGUUUAAUUAAUGAAGUACAAUCUUUAUGGGUGAUGAAUGUAAGAUGAUAUUGAUGUCAUGUUAUACUAAAUACACCUAGAAAAUGACUAACAUGUUUUUUUGGAAUUAGAAGGGGUUAGUCACUAACCAAAUCUGUCAGUGAUCAUAUUUAUGUAACUAUGACACUAGAUCUUGAAUUUUAAUAUUCCGCUACAUAACAUUUUUCAUUCUAUCAUUUUGAACCACGUUCUCAUUAUAAUUGCUACUACAUUAUUUCGAUUCGUUUGCUAGUCAUCGUGCUAAUUUG